AUGGUUUUGAAGGAAUCAAUUGAAGAGAUGUUUCCUAAAUGGCCGGGUGAACCUGACGACCCACAACUCGUUAACUUGAUAACAGACAUACAUGCAUGUAGAUUUGUGAAAGGCUUUUGGGAAGUGCAUGGGAAUACGCAGGGUAAUGCGCAGGGGAAGGGGAAAGAGAAGAAGAAGAAAAUGAAGGGUGGAGUUUCGUCAGAAGCUGAGCCACCCACUAAGAAGCAGAAGAAAGAUAAGACACAUAAGAAGAAGAAAAUGAAGGGUGGAGUUUCGUCAGAAGGUUCUAGCGAGAAGGAAGGUAGCAAAGAUUUGGAGUUGGAGAACAAAGCGACUCUGAGGACCAUUGUGAGUACUCUGGAUAAUAUUUCCAGGAAGUUUGAGCAGUUAGACCGGAACAGACCAUUGAUGGACCAAAAGACCAUUGAUGACAGCGUGAAAGCUUUACUGGAGGAGCGUCUGAAAGUUAUGGGAGUUGGGAAAAUUCCCGAAAACAUUGAUAAUAGUCCAGCGUUAGCUACUGGUAAGGUUUUUGGACCCAAGAAGAAUUUGGCCAAGGAGCUUGAUAAGGAAUCAGGGGUGAAAAGGACUUUGGAUGAGGAGUUUGGUAGUGUCGCUAAAGCUACUGAUCUUGAUAGUCAACAUGUUGAUUUCGUAUUAGUUUCUCCUUCAAAGGCUACUAAGGAUGAUAAGGAUGCUAAGGUUCUAGCCUAUGGACGCGGCUGCAGGGGAAACCAUAUUGUUAAGGGUGACGAAGCCGAUGAGAAGAAAAAAGCAGCGCAUGCAGAUGCUGCGUUUAAGAGGAAGGAGAAGGCUGAGGCUAAGAAAAAAGCGGUUGAGGCUAAGAAAAAGAUGCUGAGAUCUGCCAUAAUUAAGGAAUAUCGGGAGAAAAGAGUUCAGUUAACUCCAAAAGGGUUUUCAAAGGCGGCAGUAUCUUCACCAGCUGUUUUUCCGUACGUAGGAGAGAAUGGAACGACGUGCAUGAGGAAAAAUGUUACUCCUUCAUCAGUAAUAUAUGACCAUCUAGCACCUGUUGAUCCGGUUCUACUCGAAAAACCGAUGCAACACAUUAAGGUAAUUCCACCCAAACCACCAGCACCAGCAGAUAAACCAGCAGUCCUCUCCGCUGAUCAUGAGGGUGAUUUCUACAGCAUACUUAUCCAUGAAAGACCGUGGCCGGAAAAGGAAUAUGGAUGGGUGUUUGAUAAUCAUGUUGUUGCGUAUUUGAACGUCCUCACCAAAAGGUCCAUGCGAAAUCCCACUCCAUUCUGGUCCAAGCGGAUUGCCUUCGUUGACGUUUGGUGGCAAAGUUUUUUGAUUCACAAUUUCACUCAGUUCAAGAUAAAACCUAGUAUGUUCAAUUUCGAAGGCAAUGUUUAUGAAGAUAUGUUAAAGGGUAAGCUUCCCGAACACUGUCCAACAAACUUGAAGUGGUAUGAAGAUGUGGAUCACUUGUACGAAUGUCUUCAAACCGGCGGAAAUUACUGGGUUGCGUAUCAUGUGGAUCUGAAGAAGGGGAAGAUUGAUUGCUACGAUCCAAUCUUUGGAGAGAACGCUAUUUCGUUGCCAGAUGCGCCACUUGAAGAGAACUUGGGCAAACGGAGGCGACAAGCCUCCGUGGAUGUUAACAAGAGUUUGAGACAUUUAUUCAAAUGGGCGGAUGAGUGUUUGGUUGAAGAGGUUGAGGAUAUAAAGUCACUGAUAAGUGGCAUGAACAAAGACAUCUCGGAAUUCAGACUUAACGUUGAUCGGUUGGAGAAAGAGAUUGAAGUAUAA